UUGAGGAAGCUUCACGGGUGCCCACCACUAAAGCUCGACAUUGAGUUAGCGGGUUCGGCCCAAGCCUAUGCAGAAGUUUUGGCUAGCAAGAAUGCUUUUCAACACAGUGGAAAUCCUCAUGUUGGCGAAAAUUUAGCCAAACAAUCUGGUUUCGGGGCAGACUUUUCGGGUCACUUUUCUCAGGUUAUUUGGAAGGAUACAAAAUCGGUGGGCAUGGGAAAAGCAAUGUGUCGAGAUGGACGUACAAUUGUUGUAGUUGGACAAUAUCAACCACCAGGAAACUUCAUGGGUGAAUGGGGCCGAAAUGUGCUACCAGUGCUUCGUGGCCAACCUCGUCGGCUUACUCUCGAGGAACUUGGUAUGGUUAUCCUCUAUUUUAUCAAUUCGAUUUGA